AUGAAAACGGCUACAUCUGAAAUAUGCCCAGUAGCAGAAAGUGAAAGAUGGAGUAAACUAAAAACUAGAAAUGAUGUGGAGGAGGUCUCUCCUGAACUACUGGCACCAAAUACAAAUUUUGUAAACAAGGAUUUGUACCAUAAAUUUAUUUAUAAUCCCGGAUAUAAUUACUAUGAUAUGAAUACUGAUCCAGUUGGUCCAUGGAACAUUAAAACAUCCGAUGCUGGUUUAAUGAGAAGUUACAAUGGACUAUUAUAUCCGUAUAGUUAUCCUGAAAUGGCCGCUUCUUUUAAGCCUUACCCUGUAAGAUAUCUACCACCAGUAUAUUUAAAGAACUACGAAACAUGGCCUCGAAAUAUGGCAUCGGAACGCGACUUAUAUGUGCGAACUCCAAGAAUGCUUCGAUCUGAUGAUGAUUUCUGGGAACAACUACAAAACGAUUCGAUUAUGAAAAACAUUUUGCCGACCAUGCCCAUACCGUUUCUUCGUAGUGCCAGCACACCCUCAGAUACAUCGUACCAGUAUUCUUCUUCUCCAUACGGUUCUCAAGAUUGUCCCUUGCCAAUUAUGCUUUUAUGCACCCCAAAAAUCUCCUUGAGUGAAAACCUCUUAAACUAUAAUAAACAAAUGGAUGAAGUGCCAUAUGCUUAUUUAAAUAGGCAAAUCGAUGAUUAUAGUCAUAAUAAAAAUAGUGAAUCAAGUGUCGAAAACACU